CGGAUAAAUAAGUACAGCUCAGCGUCACCAUAUCUUCAGUUACAAGUAGUAGAAUGGCGGCAACAGCAUGUUCUACAGCGGCUACACCUGGAGGAGGAAGCAGCAGUCUCGGUGGUGGAGGAGGAGGUGGAGUGGCGAGCAUCAGCACCGUUGGAGGAAUUGGGGGUAAUGGAGGAGGAAGCAGUAGCAGUGGAAGCAAACGUUCUCGACUGAAUUUAGAAUCCAAAUGCUCCUCGUUGCGGAAACACUUGAGCAAGUCGGCUUCGGAGCUCAGCUGUAACGAUUGUGGCAGUUACGGCGAUUCUCCACAGUCUUCGCCACAGCGUGCCCGUUCGGCAAACGUUCCCACCAUACCGGCCGGAGUUAUACAACGAACGCACGGAUUUUUUAACACACUCAGGCACCGAUGGUCACGAGGACGCAGUAAGGAACGAAUCCGAGGGUCGCUCGGUCAGGAGCUCGAGGGUCGUCGUGACAGCCAAAGCGAUUACGCGGCUGACAACAGUUCAGCAGAGCACAGCAGUUCGGCCACACCUCACCAAUCGCCUCGCCACCGAGCUCAAACAAUCGGAGACUCACCGCUGGCCAAAGGAGUGGACCGGAAUGCAACGAUGAGUAGUACGGGAGGGGUGGGGUUGAUUAGUGAAGGUGUGUCUUCGUCAGGGGUCACCAAUGUACUAAAAGUACUCACAACGAAGGUGGAAGUAGAGGCGACAGCAGGUCCUAGCGGGCUGGGUCAUUUCACAAUCGGUGGAUUGCCCAAAGUUUCGGAAAUACCCGGACCUAGUGGGACGUCCAGUUUGAGUCCUGCGGACGAACAACAAAGAAGGAGAGAAGCACAGCUUAGACAACACUCCUUCUUCCAACUUCGAGUACAUCUAAUAAGUGGUCAUGGACUCGUGGCAAUGGAUAAAAGCGGAACGAGUGAUCCUUACGUCAAAUUCAAAAUUGGAGGACGUUUGCUGUACAAAUCGAAAACAGUUCAUAAAGACCUAAACCCUACGUGGGACGAAACAUUCGUCGUGCCAGUGGAAGAUCCCUUUCAACCAAUAGUGAUUAAGGUAUUUGAUUAUGACUGGGGGCUGCAGGAUGAUUUCAUGGGUUCAGCCAAACUCUACCUCACCUCGCUGGAGCUAAACCGGGCAGAAGACCUAACGAUCAAGCUCGAGGAUGCCCAACGUGCAUCAAAAGAUCUCGGAGAGUUAAAACUAAGUGUCACACUGUGGCCAAAGACCCAAGAGGAUAAGGAACAAUACUUUCAGCGCAAUCCGAAGCUGGCCGAUGCGUCACGCCGUCUGAAGUCGCAGAUCUGGAGCUCGGUCGUCACUAUCGUGCUGAUCGAAGCCAAAGGACUCCCACCGGAUGCAGAAAACGGACUGAACGAUAUUUAUGUUCGAUUUAGGCUAGGAAACGAGAAAUACAAGUCUAAAGUCGCUUAUCGCGCACGCUGGCUGGAGCAGUUCGAUCUCCAUCUUUUCGACGAUGAUCAACUACUAGAGGUUAUAGUAUGUGGGAAGUACAAUACCUACGGAAAGUGUACCAUCGAUCUACGAAGUUUACCACGCGAACGUACGCACGGAAUUUGGCAACCCCUAGAAGAGUGUACCGGCGAGGUUCAUCUCAUGUUGACAAUCAGUGGGACAACAGCUUCGGAAACUAUCACCGAUCUAACGGCCUAUAAGGAAGAUUCUAAGGAGCGUGCCCUCAUCCAAAGCCGCUAUGUAUGGCACAAAUCACUUCAAAACAUGCGUGACGUUGGUCAUCUCACCGUGAAGGUGUUUGGCGCAACCGGUCUCGCAGCAGCGGAUAUUGGUGGUAAAUCAGACCCGUUCGUCGUAUUGGAGCUAAUCAACGCUCGCCUACAAACGCAAACCGAGUACAAAACGCUCACUCCGAACUGGAACAAAAUCUUCACUUUCAACGUGAAAGAUAUGUCCUCGGUACUGGAAAUCACUGUGUAUGACGAGGAUCGCGACCACAAGGUGGAAUUCCUUGGAAAAGUCGUCAUUCCGCUGCUACGAAUACGCAAUGGCGAAAAACGUUGGUACGCACUCAAAGACAAGAAGAUGUACACACGCGCCAAAGGCACACAACCUCAGAUUCUGCUGGAAAUGACGGUUAUGUGGAACAAGCUGCGAGCGGCCCUACGAGUGCUCGAGCCAAAGGAGGAAAAGCUGGUACAGCAGGAAGCCAAGUUCAAGAGACAACUCUUCCUGCGCAAUGUCACCCGACUGAAGGCCGUCAUUAUGUAUUUUAUCGAAGUGGGACAGUUCGUGCAGAGCUGUUUCGAGUGGGAAUCACCAAUACGGUCGUUUAUUGCGCUAGUUUUAUGGGUCUGCGGUUGCAUCUGGUUCGAUAUCUCUACCAUUCCAGCCGUUGCCCUGCUAUACCUGCUGAAGAACUGGUUAAUUCGAUGGCUAACCGGAAGCUCGUCGCAAUCGACUGCCGACGAGUACGACGUGGCCAGCGACGACGAAGACGAAGAGGAUAAGGAAAAGGAGGAGAAAAAAACAAUCAAGGAACGGUUGCAGGCCAUACAAGAAGUGUCGCAAAGUGUACAAAACACGAUCGGAUUCCUAGCAUCGCUGGGGGAAAGCGUUAAAAACACAUUCAACUUCUCCGUACCAGAGUUAAGUUGGUUGACAGCUUUGUUGCUACUAGCUGCCUGCCUUGUUCUACACUACGUUCCGAUAAGGGUGUUGCUAUUGCUGUGGGGUUUAGUAAAAUUCAGCCGUAGAAUUAUCCGACCACACAGUGUUCCCAACAACGAGGUGCUAGAUCUUCUAUCUCGUGUUCCCGACGAUGAGGAGAUUAUCAUGUGGCGAGAGUUACCGCUCCACUCGACGCCCGAAUUGGCCCGGCGGGAUCCGCGAAAGAAGCAUAAAGUGUCGUAAUGUUACCAAACUACCCUGAAGCGCUACUUUAGGGAUAAUCUUAAAAAGGCUCUGCACGUCAGUAGGGUCAAAUCAAACACAAAGGAUGCGUGAAGGGGACGAAUCUCAUGGUUUUCACGUUUCGCC